AUGUCCGUUGAUGCAUCUACUGACCUUGCGCUGUAUUACACAUAUCCCGAUUCCGCUGACGACAUAUGGAUGAUGUACAAUGAUGAUAAACGUCUCCUAUCAGCUCAGAUAAAGGCCCGGGAAGAAUAUCAUCAUCCUCUCGUAAUUGACCCUGCUCUGCAUGGCGUUUCGCUACUCGGCAUCGAAGACAGGCGUGCUUCGUAUCUCAUAUCGCUGUUAUCUGAUCUUCUGCUGCCUCGGGAUUUGCAUCGCCCCAGUUCUCAGACCAGCUUCUUUGCUGCAUCUCGGCUCCAAGGGUACUGGCGUCACGAGGCAAGCACUUUCCUUAAUACUGAUUCGCCGAUUGCAAAUGUUAGAGGCGGCCGAGAGUACAACCUCCGUCUUGUCUUGAUUUGGCCACGAGUUUGUGGGCUCAUGGUACUCUUUGGUAUCGAACCUUCCCUCCCAGCCCAACCGCCGGAAGUUCCCGGCCGACUUCGGCACAUUCGGCCACGACGUGCGGCGACUGCCUUCAGUUACCUACAACGACCCUUUGCCGCUGCCAGUUCCUCUUCAACAUCUUCGGCUACUUCUGAAGUCCCCUCUCCCAUGACACACGUUCCGUCGCCCUUCAAGCCAGUUCUGAGAUCGCUCACUUCUUGGCGGCUCAAGUCUUGGUAUUUGAAGGCUCUCGCGACAUAA